AUGAGCCGCAAGACUUUCGGCCUCGACGCCUCGGAUUUACCACAGGACCCAUACUAUCCCCAAACAGACCCAACAGGCCCUAGUUUCCUUGAUACAGAAGGAUGUCUCUGUGCUUUACAGGUGACACCUGCCGGCGGAGCCCCAGAACCAGCUUGGCAAUGCAUCGGAGACCAAAGCAAGGGAAGCAUCUACACAAUCAGAACCGGCAGAUGGUUCAACACACUCAAUGGGACCGGAAAUGCCAAUGGGCCCAUUUAUGAUGCUUCAAGUCCGCCGGAUAUCGAAAAGCCCAAAAGAUGGCUCUCUGGAGCGUUGCGAGACUCGCCGGGCAACGACGGGCUCAGUGUGUACGACAGCGCUUGCACUGGCAAGAAUAACACCAGAUUCUCGACCUCGUUCUACGAAGCAACGGCACAGAUCAUUGCAGGCCAGCAGCCAUAUAGUGCUGCGCCGUGUUACAGACAAGGGGCGGUUCCGAUAGAGAUUCAGACUGUGGACAGUUGGCAGGCUACUGGGUGCAGCCCGGGUUUUCUAUGUGAGAACAAUACUGUCAACUCAAUACCUCAGUACUGUCCACCGCUGGACGCAUGUCAAAUGGCAAGAUUAGCAUCGUUCACCUGCAAUUUUGGCGGCAAGAACGCUGGCAUGGGCCCUUUUGAGCCGGUUGUUUGUCAAGCUGGAAACUACUGCCCAGAAGAGAAUAACGGCAAGGUUUCUAUCGUCUGUCCAGCUGGCUCAUAUUGCCAGCCUGGAGCCGCAACCCCAACACCAUGUUCGGUUGGCAGCCGUUGCCCGGCAGGUUCUUCCUACGAGCUGUUUCUCAUCCCUCUCGCCAUCUUGAUCAUUAUCGAUGUUCUGAUGAUCGCCGGCAUGGUUAUUUACCGAUUCCGAAAGCGCCUUCGCGAUCAUCAAUCAAAUAAGAGCCGGAGACCAACUUUGAAGCGCGGCAUGAGCAGCAUGAAAGCUCAGAUCACGGGCUACAGGACACUUUCGGAAGAUACAGACCGCGAGAUGCUCCCAAUGAGCGCUACCUAUAUUCCCAACCGGACCGACUCCUAUGGAGGAGGAUUUCAAGCCGCCCUUAACCUCGAUUCCGAAGACUCAGUCAAUGUACGGCCAACGAGCGAGAUGCUCAAUCCUCAGCUGAUGGCGUUUGUCUCCUCGAUGAGGCGUGCGACUGAUGCAACCAAUCUUGGUCUCUCCUUCAGCUACUCUGACCUCAGUUUCCACCCUAAGAAGAGCUCCAAGAUGAUUCUUCAAAACGUUACGGGAUCCAUCGACCGGGGCACUUUGACGGCUGUCAUGGGCGGAUCCGGUGCCGGUAAGUCAACAUUUGUCAACGUACUCAUGGGUAAGACCAAGAACACCGGAGGCACAGUAGCUGUGAACAGCAGUCCAGACAAGUUGAAGCGGUACAAGAAGGUGAUUGGUUAUGUACCUCAAGACGACAUCGUGCUGCCGGAGCUCACGGUAUACGAAAACAUUGUCCAUAGCGCAAAGAUCCGCUUGCCUCAGACUUGGUCAACGGCUGACAUUGAGUCUCAUGUCGAUUCUGUCAUUGACUGCUUGGAACUCUCCCACGUACGCAACUCCUUAGUCGGUUCAGUCGCUGUACCUGUCAUUAGUGGUGGGCAACGCAAACGUGUCAGUAUCGGUAUGGAACUGGCUUCUGCACCAAUGGCGAUCUUCCUGGACGAGCCGACGAGCGGUCUCGAUGCAACUGCAGCUUCAUCUUUAAUGCGGACUUUGAAGGCAGUUGCGCGGCUGGGAAUCACCGUAAUCGUCAUCAUCCAUCAACCACGAACCGAAAUUUUUGAGAAUUUCGAUAACCUCAUUCUCCUCGGCAAUGGCCAGACUAUCUACGAAGGUCCCCAAGCUGAAGUGCAGGACUAUUUCGAGGGGCUCGGCUUCGGGUUCCCAAAGCACAGUAAUCACGGCGACGUGGUCACCGAUAUUAUUACCGGGAACGGUCGCGAUUACAAGCAAAUCGGGGAGAUUUCCAAAGACUCGCUCAUUUCAAAGUGGUCAGAUCACCGCCAGUCUCUCGCGCACAAGGAACGUCACGCUUCCUCCAUCAUGAGCAACAACGGCAUCUACGCCGCUAUCAAACAUCGCGGUGCACCGUUGUACAGACAGGCAUGGCUCUGCCUCCGCCGGGCCAUGCUUCAGCAGUACCGCACCAAAGCAGCUUUUUGGGCUGAGAUGGGUCUCGCGGCGCUCGCUGGAUUUCUCCUGGGCCUUGCCGAGCACUCGAAAAAGGGCAUCUUGUUUACUGGCACUUUCAAAGAGCCGUACUCGAUCUUGUCAACUGCUGUAGACUUCAAGUCCGCCCCUGAACUUGCUCUAUUGGUCUCCAUUGCUGUUGGUCUAGUGUCUGGUGCACCUGGCGUGAAGACUUUCUCAGAAGAACUGCUCGUGCAUCGGAGGGAGGCCGAAGCGGGACACAACAGACUAGCAUAUUUUCUUGCCAAGGUCGUCUCGGUCCUUCCCCGUAUGCUCUUUGGAUGUCUCCAUUUCACAACAUUCUUGUUCAUUCUCACGGUACCGGUGAUCAACUGGGGGCUUGCUUUCCUCACGAACUUCUUCUACUUUUACUGCAUUUACGGGCUGGCCAGUAUUGUCAGCAUGCUUGUCCGGCGAGAAGAUGCCCCCCUGUUUGCGACAAUGAUUAGUCUUAUCGUUGCAAUCUUGUCUGGUGCUGCUCCUCCACUAGCUAAAGUCAAGGAGUGGCACUUGGAAUGGCUUUGGCGCGCUUCACCCGGUGUCUGGUUAGCAGAGAUCUACUUUGGCCAGCUAGUCUCGCCUUUUGGGUACUUGUAUGAUGUCGAGUCUGCUGCAGCGGCGACUGGCUUCCAUUUGAAUUGGUUAUGGCGUAACAUGGGAGUUUUGGUUGGUAUUGGAACUAUCUACAGAGUGGUUGCAUUCCUUGCGAUGAUUUUCGGGCAAAGCCGGCGUAGAUAG